CCCAGUGAUACUGUCACAUGAUUUUCACCUGACUUGACGUAUACUUCGCGAAAUUAUUUUCCCAACAGGAAAAUCCGAAAAAAUCAAGGCGAUAUAUUGUUGGUCCAUCUUCCAUUAAAAUCCAAAAACAGGCAUAAUGAAAAUCUGUGGUCCUAAAUUAUCCCUGUGUGGUUUGAUAGUCUCCGUCUGGGGCAUUAUCCAAUUGGUUUUGAUGGGCUUGUUCUUCUAUGUGCACAGUGUGGCCUUGAUUGAGGAUUUACCCAUUGAAGAGGAAUACCACAGUUUAGACGAGUUCUAUUCGGCUGCUAAUGCUGCUUACAACCAGAACGCCUACAACUGUUGGAUUGCAGCCUGUAUCUAUGUGCUGACAUUAUUGUUAUCUGCUCAACAGUUUUAUGUCAACAGUCGAGUAACUGCCAACUAAAGUUUCCAAAAGAAAAAUACAAACGCCAUGAACUGAGGGAAAUUGCAGUGUUGGGUGUUAGCGCAAGGAAGAAGUCUCCUCACUACACAAAGUUCUACCACAUAUGAAGAGCUCUGCCGACAAGCCCUACAAACAUGCUAACGCACAACCUGCAAUUGGACGUUUAGUUUCUUUUUUUUUUCUUUUUAAAUUAAUUAUUAUUGUAAACUCUAGUUGUAUUUACUCUUUACAAUUUGUUGUUCCAAUUGUUUAAACAAAUCAUACAGUAUCAACUCAACCAUCUAAAGAGCAAAACAAAGAACACAAUGACGACCAUUAUCGCCCAUUUAUCUAAAAUUUUGAAAUUUUCUCAAUAUGCUAUUCAUAGAAACUAUGUUUCAUAUUAAAUUUGGUUUAAAGUAAAUUCAAACAA